UUGUCUGCUAAAUCAAUAUAUACGGCAGUAGCAACGGCGACGACGUCUCUUCUCACCUCUUCCGGCGCCGACGAAUCGAAGAGGUCGAAGAAAAGCCGAGGCGUUCAUGUCGGUGACUCUGCAUACAAAUCUGGGGGACAUCAAGUGCGAGAUCUUCUGCGACGAAGUCCCCAAAACCGCAGAGAACUUUUUGGCUCUUUGUGCUAGUGGUAAGUAUGAUGGAACCAUAUUUCAUAGAAACAUCAAGGGUUUCAUGAUCCAAGGUGGAGAUCCUACAGGCACGGGAAAGGGUGGAACUAGCAUAUGGGGCAAAAAGUUCAACGACGAAAUUCGUGAGUUGCUCAAGCACAAUGCAAGGGGCAUUCUCUCAAUGGCUAAUAGCGGGCCGAACACAAACGGAAGCCAAUUCUUCAUAACCUACGCCAAGCAACCUCAUCUCAAUGGACUCUACACUAUUUUCGGAAAAGUUAUUCAUGGCUUUGAAGUCUUAGACAUUAUGGAAAAGACUCAAACCGGACCAGGCGAUCGACCGCUCGCGGAGAUCAGGCUUAAUCGUGUAACAAUCCAUGCAAACCCUCUUGCUGGAUGAAUCUAUGCAGUGAGCUUGAAGUCUUCUGAUUACUAUGAGGUGUACCACUGUUUCUUCCAGGGAAUUCAAUUGGUGAUACAUCUACUGGCUCUUGUUGUCUCGAUUACUUCCAAAUUUAAUCAAAUUAUAUGUUUCCUAGAUUUAUGAAUUUAUCAAGACAUUUGAUAGUCUUA